UUAUUAUCGAACAUUAAAUGUCAGCGCAUGCGUUUCAAGGUGUGUUUUUAAAAGGACGAAACAGCAAUGGCAGCGGUGGAAGUCGAUACUCACUCUAAAGCAGACGAAUCUUUGAUUCUGUAUUAUCAUCCUGCUUCCUUUUAUUCACAGAAGGUAUUAUUUGUUCUUCAUGAAAAGAAAAUCAAGUUUAAACCUUAUUUAGUUGACUUAAAGGGUGAGCAAUAUGAAUCAUGGUACAUGAAAAUGAAUCCUAAAGGAGAGGUACCAGUUCUUAAAGAUGGAGAAAAAGUUAUCUCUGAUUCUUCACAAAUAAAUGAUUAUUUGGAGGAAAAGUAUUCUAAUGAAAAUCAUCCUAGUCUCAUUCCCAAAAAAGGAAGUGAAUAUGAAAAGAAGGAAAGAGAAUUAAGACUUUUAUUAGAGACUUUUCCAUCACCAAUAAUAACUUUUGGAUGUAUCAAAUUUCCAGAAUUAACAGUUAAUAUGAAAAUGAAUUUAUUAGAAAGAAAACUGCGAUCACAACUAUUGGUUCAUCUUAAUGAAGUAUUAGAAAAGAUGAGCAAACGUUCAGAAUUCAGAGAGAAUUAUUUAGAAAAGAAAGAAAAAUUUAAAGUUUUGUCAGAAAAAGUGAAUGAUAUUAAUGCUGUUUUAAAAGAAUUAGAAGAGGUUGAAAAAAUGUUAAAACAUAUAGAAGAAGAGUUAUCUUCACAUAAAGACGAAAAAGAAGACUUGUGGCUUUUUGGUGAAAAUUUCACAAUGGCCGACAUUCUACUCACUAUAAUUUUACAUCGUCUCGAUUAUCUCGGUCUAUGGGAGAAAUAUUUCUCAAACGGAAAAAAUCCCCAUUUAAUAAAAUAUUACAAUCGUGUAAAACAGAGGGAAGCUUACAAAAAAGUGUUUUGUAGUACACCAGCUCUGCUACAGUUGCUCUGUAAUGAAUCUACAAAAAAAGGUUUAUUGGCAGCUACUGGAGUGGCAAUUGCAAUUGGAGUUGCUGCCACCGGAGUAAUUAUUUAUCAAAAAUUAAAGCGUAUUUAAUCAGAUUCUCUAAAUUUAAAGGGACCAAAACAUCUAUUCCAAUAACUGAGUCUAUAAAAUAUCUUAUGCAAUACUAAAUGCUUAAAAUUAUCCAAGAAUAUAAUUAUCAAUGAUUUUAGAGUGGCGGUCCCAGUAUAAUUUUAAUUAUCUAUAAUGUUUUGGAAUAAUUUUUUUUAAUUUAUGAAAAUUUUAUUGUAUUUUCAGAUUUUAAAAAAUUC